AACUUUCUUAAGUUCGACACUAAAAUGCUUUGAUAAAACUUACUAUUUAGCAUCAAUAAAUCCCGUUUUCGACGGGCUUUCAUCUGGUAUAAAAUUCAUUACUUACCCUAUUCGCAAUUAUAGCGUUCCCCCCCUGGAAAAACAUUUUUACGCAACCUGUACACUAAAACUGUAGCUGCUCAUCACAAGGUCUAUCACGUCGUUCUAGCUGGCUACUAUUUUCUUAUAGAAACACUUCGAGUUUUUUUUUGCUUAUUUAUAUCUCUCUAACUUUGUAAUGGAAAAAAUUUGAAAGGAAAUACAUUUAGAAAAUAGAUAGAAAGUUGAUAUCUAAAGAAAAAUCUCUGCUGUUUGUGUCUUUAGAUAAAUUAUUCUACUCCAAAAUGUCUGAUGUCAACGCUUCCACAACAACCACAGUCGGAGAACAAGGCACAUCGACUGGUGGUGAACAAUUCGAAAUUGAACGUAUUGUUGAUAAACGUUUUCGUAAUGGGCGAUUAGAAUAUUUAAUUAAAUGGAGAGAUUAUUCUGAAUCACAAAAUACAUGGGAACCAGCUUCAAACAUCGAACCAGAUGAAGAAAGAGAAUUAUUAUCGGAAUAUGAGGCAACGUCAAAAUCCAAAUCAUCCACAACUCAAAAAUUUUCACCGGCUGGAUCUGCUAAAGAUUUUCGUUUGAAACGUAAAAGCGAUGAUAUGCUUGGUAAAAAAGGUGGUGCAGUUGGUAGUGAAAAACCAAGCGGUUUCGAUCGUGGCUAUGAACCAGAAAAAAUAUUGGGUGCAACCGAUAGUACUGGUGAAUUAAUGUUAUUAGUAAAAUGGCGUGGCUCCGAUGAAGCUGAUUUAGUUCCAUCUCGAGUGGCUAAUGCAAAAUGUCCCGAAUUAGUGAUUGAGUUUUAUGAACAUCAUUCAUUUUGGAUUAAAUUACCAAGAAAAUUACAAGCACGAUAA